AUCAUUUUCGAAACAACCGCCAUGACGGCCCUCUUGCGCCGCCUCCCUCUGGCCCCUACCAAGGUCGCCUUUUUCCUCCGCCAUUAUGGAGCUGCCAACCACCGCUUCCACUCCAGUGAAGUGGCCGAAGAUGCACCGAAUCGACCCAAAGUCCGGGCCGACUUCCCAACGUUCUCACUCGAUACGUUUGCGCUUCGCCAGUUCGAUGACCCUGCCUACCCUGGAACGAUUAUCAACUACGAUAAGAAUGCCUUCGAGGCCAAAAUCAACGAGUUCUUUGAAGCUGGCGAGUGCUCGCUUGUCGACGGAUACGCUCCAUUCUGCAAGCAUCUCUUCGUCCCAAACUUCAUCAACGCCCGCAUCCCGACAGUGACGAUCACAAACAAGUCAGCGCACUUGCUCCAAUCGGGCUACAUUUCCCGCGUUCCCGAAGAACUGCCCGUGUUGACGCGAUGGUUUCCUGGUCACAGCGUGACCCCCGAGACUGCCAAGUACCUCGACAUUGUGUUAUACAGCCGUGAGCAAGUUCGUUUGGAGAAUGUGGCCAUGGGAAAACUCAUCGACUCUGUCGACUCGCCUUGGCGCAUCAUCAGUAUCAAGGCCCAACUCGUCGACUACGAACUCCCCAUGGAACCCAUGACCCUCCUUCGAAAUGCGCUCGGCACCGAUGCUGGUGGAUCCGGCGUGCCUCUGGACAAGGAAAAGUACCUCGAAUCAGUCGAGUACUGGGCCCAGCACGCCCACGUUAAGUACCACUAAAACAAGCAUUGUGUAGUUCAUGCUGCCG